GGAACAGAACGCUCAGCCUAGCGCUUCAAACUAAAACUCAGACAAAGACGCUCACUCCUCUCCGCUGUUCUUGAAGGGACCGCCACAGCACUAACCGGAAGCUCCACCCAUAUCUCGCGAGAGCUCAUUCGCGGAGGGGGUAUCGCGAGGGCUGCUCCCGGAGUCCUGGCUGAAUCUGAGGAGCGCGGGUCUCAGCCCCGGGAAUUGACUGGGCGUUUCCGUUGUCGGCGUCUCGAGACAGGAGCCGUAUACUAAAGACGAUGUCAGGAAGCUUCUACUUUGUAAUUGUUGGCCACCAUGAUAAUCCAGUUUUUGAAAUGGAAUUUUUGCCAGCUGGGAAAACAGAAUCCAAAGAUGAUCAUCGUCAUCUGAAUCAAUUCAUAGCUCAUGCUGCUCUUGACCUUGUGGAUGAAAACAUGUGGCUUUCAAACAACAUGUACCUGAAAACUGUGGACAAAUUCAAUGAGUGGUUUGUGUCAGCAUUUGUCACUGCAGGCCAUAUGAGAUUUAUUAUGCUUCAUGAUAUAAGGCAAGAAGAUGGAAUAAAGAACUUCUUUACUGAUGUCUAUGAUUUAUAUAUAAAGUUUGCAAUGAAUCCAUUUUAUGAACCCAACUCUCCUAUUCGGUCAAGUGCAUUUGACAGAAAAGUUCAAUUUCUUGGGAAGAAACAUCUUUUAAGCUGAAUGCAGAAAAAUUUCAAAAUAAACAAUGUCACAAUGGGAUAUACUCAGGAAUGUGUGCAUUGUAACUUGAUUAAAUAGCCUAGAAAACUUAGACUUGUCUCGGUUUAUCUAAAUCAAAUGGAAUUUCUUUUAUAAUUUAAAAAUGGUAUAUUCUGUUUCAUGUUUGUUAUCAACAGUAUUUGCUUGUGAAGUGUUAUUUAUAAGAGCUCUUUAUCAGGGCUGGGGAUUUAUCUCAGUGGUUCUGCUACCUGCCUCACAAGCACAAGGUCCAAGUUUGAU